AUGGACAUCCCCAGACCUGCCGAUACCGCUGCUGGUGUGUAUCUAAUGCGUGCUGAGGUUAUUGCUCUACGCACAGUUAGCUCUGCUGGUGGCGCACAAUCUUACAUCUCGUGCUACCAGAUCACCGUCGCUGGAGGUAUCGCAUCAGUUGCCGCUACGCCCGCAGGCGUGCAAUUCCCUGGAGCCCUGAAGGCCAGCGACCCAGGGAUCCUGAUUAACAUCCACGCAAAGACCGAGAAACGCGUCGACCCCGGCCCAGACAUGGUUCCUGGCGGCACUAUGAAACAGGCCGGCUCCGGAUGCGAUGGCCGUGCCAAGACGUGUUCCCAACGAUAA